AUCGCCUGAACGCAGUGUUGUGGAGGCACACUUCCGGUACGGCACAUUGGUCCAAGCUAAAGUGACCAUCGAGUUUGAAUAUUUCUUUUGAAUCAACCUCGCGGAACGUGACAGAGUUUCUGUCAGCGUCCUCAGAGAUUAAAUGGCAUCUGUGCUUUUGGCCCUUGUGCUCCUCGCGGCAGAAGUGACCCUCUCUAAAGGAAGCAAUCAAUGUGUUGCCAGAAACCUGGGCCAUGACUCUGUGGUGUGUGAGUGCAACUCCACCUACUGUGACAGCGUGGGGUCCGUCGCUUUGCCUCCGUUGGGCCAGUACUCCUCCUACCUGAGCAGCUUGGCCGGCAGCAGGCUGGAGGCGGGCCGGGGCCAGGUCCGGGUGAACAGCACCGGCGCAGGCCUCAGGUUGACCGUCGUUCCCGACCAGAAGUACCAGAAGAUCAGGGGGUUCGGUGGAGCUAUGACGGACGCGGCCGCCAUCAACAUCCUGUCUCUGUCAGCUGGUGCACAGGACCAGCUGCUGCGCCAGUAUUUCUCCCCUGAAGGUAUCGGCUACAGCGUGGUGCGCGUCCCCAUGGCCAGCUGUGACUUCUCCACCCGUCUGUACACGUACGCCGACACACCUGGAGACUACAACCUGGACAAUUUCACACUGGCCCCUGAGGACGUCAAAAUGAAGAUCCCUCUCCUGCAGCGCGCUCAGGCCUUGUCUCCUCGCCCCCUGUCUCUGCUGGCCAGCGCCUGGAGCGCCCCCGCCUGGAUGAAAACUAACGGUGCUCUCAUAGGAAAGGGCUCCCUGAGGGGCCGGCCCGGGGGCAAGGAGCACAAAACCUGGGCUCAGUACUAUAUCAGGUUCCUUGAGGAAUAUGCUAAAUAUAACUUGACCUUCUGGGCUCUGACUACAGGGAAUGAGCCCUCUGCAGGACACUUGACAAACUACAGUUUCCAGGCUCUUGGCUUCACUCCUGAGGAGCAGAGGGACUGGGUGGCUCUGGACCUGGGCCCUGCCCUGCAUGCUUCUUCACACCCACGCACACACGUCCUCAUCCUGGAUGACAACCGCCUGCUGCUGCCUCACUGGGCCAAAGUGGUCCUAAAUGACAUUCAUGCAGGAAGGUUCAUUCACGGCGUGGCGGUUCACUGGUACAUGGACGGCCUCGUCCCAGCAGAGAUGAGCCUCGGAGCCGUCCAUCAUCUGUACCCGGAGUAUUACCUGUUUGGCACGGAGGCCUGUGCUGGGUGGAGCUCGCUGGACCGAGGGGUGAAGCUGGGUAGCUGGGACCGGGCGGAACAGUACGCUCACGACAUCAUAGGGGACUUGAAUCAUUACGUGGUGGGUUGGACUGACUGGAACCUGGCUUUGGACCAAACUGGUGGGCCAAACUGGGUUAAAAACUUCGUGGACAGCCCCGUCAUAGUGGAUGCUCGGCGGGAUGUCUUCUACAAGCAGCCACACUUCUACAGCAUGGCGCACUUCAGUAAGUUCCUGUGGGAAGGGUCUCAGAGAGUGGGAGUGUUUGCCAGUCAGAAAACUGAGCUGGAAUACACUGGGUUUAUCAGACCCGACGGCUCAGUAGUGCUCAUCGUACUCAACAGGUCACCCUCAGUGAUCCAGUUUGAAGUCGGGGAUCUCGCUGUGGGCUUCAUCUCCUCCACGGCACCGGCUCGGUCGCUGCUCACACUGGCUUGGAACACACACUGAUCAUUAAUACAAGUUCACAUGCACCCUUACCAAAGCUUUUGGUAGGUUUCUAUUAAACCACUCACACACAUUUUAUAGCAGAUUUGGGGAUUUCAGUAGCCUCAAACAUGGAUUAAUCAUUAGAGUCUCCUUUAAAACCCUAAAAUGUUUUUUUUAGGGCCGGGACUUUAGCGCGUUAAUUACGAUUAAUUAAUUACAAUGUGAAUUAAGAUUAAUUAAUUACACAAAAAAUAACACAUUAAACAUUUUUUAUGCAUUUUUACACUUAUUUUUUGCACCGCGGAACGUUUCUCACUGGAUGAGUUUCGGAGGACCGAUUAAACUGGAGCACCAACCAGCGUUCAUGACUUCAGACAACAACAAACCACAGUGAACAUGAACGAAGAAGCUGACGAGACUGUGUCGGUUGGCCCCGUGAAUGGGAAAUCUUAUUAUAAUAAACACACGGAUGGAAGCGUCGAUAAGAGCGUGGUUGUGUGCAAGCUGUGCAACAAGGAAUUCACAUCGUACCUCAAGUAUCACCUCAACGCAAAACAAUUAGCAGCUAGCGUGGACGUACAAGGACCCACACCCAACCCACACUGCACCAGAUGACUGGUUUAAGGACCAGGGUAACUAAGUCCACGUCUGAAAAAAUAACCAAUGUUCUGAAUGUACUUGAAAGUAUUGGUCUACUUAAAAAAACCUAGUUUACAGAAGGUCUACUUACCUAUAGGCUACCUGAAUUUCUGAAAGUACUAUAUUUCUAAAUAUGCUAUUUCUACACUUGUCUGCUGGAAUUGGUUGAACAAAAAUAAAAAUCCAUGUGAAAAAAAUUACUUCUCACUGUUCUCAGGUCAAAUAUUUAUGCAAUUAAAAUGCGAUUAAUUUUGAUUAAUCAAUUACAAAGCCUGUAAUUAAUUAUUCAUAUUUUUAAUCGAGUCCCGGCCCUAGUUUUUUACGCAGAGAAUCUAUUGAAGACCUGAAAGUAAUACAUUUAUCAGUUAACCGGACUGGCCUGUGCCAAAGCGUGCCCCGAGUUCUAAAUAAUGUACAGGAAUUGUAAAUGCCUUGUUAUUUAAUUUUAAAUAAAGCGCAAAUUGUUUAA